AUGUGUCUCAGAGGUGACGUCGAGGGACGUCAACGAGAAACCGGUUCUGAAAUGUGUGAAUUCGAAGAUCGGGGAAGAGGAGGAGGAGGAAGGCACAGAGGUGAGGACGAUGAGGGUAACGAGGGCCGACUGCGCUACGACGAAUAUUCGUGUUUGCACAGUGCGCGAUCUAUUUUGAUUCGACGUCGAUCAGAUGAAGAAGGCGACAAGGCACAACCCGCCGACGAACUUUCGGCCCUUAGCGACGACGCGACCCACCCGUGA